CAGCGUAAACAAACGAUAAUGGUGAAGAGUUGUUGUGCGUAUAUGUGCCACAGUAAGGCAAACGAAGCAGCAAGAAAUGCCGGUAUUAGUUUUUUUAGGUUCCCAAAGGAUAAAAGAAAGCGGUCAUUGUGGACAAAGGUAAUAAAUAGAGCUGAUUGGGAGCCAAAUGACAGCGUCCGCAUCUGCUCACUACAUUUUGUUGACGGGUGGCACAGUGAUGACCCAGAUGAUAUAAAUUAUGUUCCAACCAUCUUCCCAUACAAGGAAAAGCCACUAAGCACCAAACAGAAGGCACGGGAAACUAGAACCGUCUCCAGACAAGAAUCAAAGGACUUAUUAGCAGAGGAACAACUGCAGAGAUGUAUAGACCAGACAAAUAGAGACAGUGCUAUUCUUGCUCACUCCUAUUCCACUGUAGAGCCAGAGGUAGAAAUAAGUGUGGACCACAAUGCCAUGGAUGUGGAAGACGACAUAGAACUGCCCUAUGUGCAAACAAGAACAAUAGGUUUUCAAUGUGACCCUGAUCCAUUGCUAAUGGAAAAUCUACUCCUGAGGAAAGAGAUUAAGGAAUUGAAAGACCAGCUUUCUGAAGAAUCAAAGAGGAAUAGUGGUAUCCACAGAAUUAAAGAUGAUGACUCUGCUACCAAGUUCUACACUGGGUUACCAACAUUCACAGUGUUUCUCUGGUUGUUCAAUUACCUAUGUGCAAAGAGUUCCAGAAUGCAGUAUUGGAAGGGAGAUGGAAAUACACCCAGUAAGGAUAGGGUUAGGGUGUCUACUUCCCGACUUCAGCCUAUUGAACAGUUCUUAGCUGUUAUGAUGCGACUUCGUCUUGGAUUGUAUGUGAGGGAUGUAGCGGAUAGAUUUUCAAUUUCUGUUUCUUCUUAUUCUAGUUAUUUCACAACCUGGCUCAACCUUAUUCAUGCUGAACUUGAAGUUAUUAACGUUUUUCCACCUAGAGACAUCAUUACCAGAACAAUGCCAAAUUCUUUUAAAGAUCGAUACCCAUCUACCAGAGUGAUCAUUGAUUGUACUGAACUUUUUAUUCAGAAAGCUUCCAGUCUUUUAAAUCAGAGUUUGACAUAUUCCAGCUACAAACACCAUAACACUCUUAAAUUUCUAGUUGGCAUCACACCAUCAGGUGUUAUCUCAUUUGUAUCUGAAGGUUGGGGUGGAAGAGUAUCAGACCGUGAAAUAACAAUUGAAUGUGGUAUACUUGAUUUACUAGAGCCUGGCGAUAGCGUUAUGGCUGACAAAGGAUUUACUAUAAAUGAUUUACUUGUAAAACGUCAGUGUGCUUUAAAUAUUCCACCAUUCAGAGGUAUUAAGGACCAAUUUACGACAGAUGAAGUAUUUCAGACACAAGAAAUUGCACAACUUCGUAUUCAUGUGGAAAGAAGUAUUGGACGAGUUAAAAACUUCCAUAUUUUAGAAGGGGUACUACCAUUGUCAAUUGCUCCACUUAGUACUAAAAUAUUUCAAACAUGUUGUUGGUUGACAAAUCUAGAUGUUCCUUUAGUUCAGGAUGAUAUAAAUGAUCUGUAAUUCAAAUCUGCUGUAUAAAUUUAAGUUUUUUUUACCUGUUUAU